AUGUCACUUCCGGGUGUAUUGAACCGUGGAGAUGAGGUACUAUCUAAUUAUAGUGAAAGGUCUAGACUUUGGAGGUGGGCUUCUCAUGGUACGUGCUUGCUGACUAUUGCAGUCUCUAAAUUAGUGCUUUCUAUGUGCUACAAUGUGGAAUUAUUUAACUUUGAAAAGCUAGAAACAGCACUAGCUAGAACCGUAAAUGAAAACCGAGGGUUAGUGACGAUUAUGAAUCAUAUGUCUGUGGUGGAUGAUCCGUUUUUAUGGGGUGUGUUCCCAUGGCGGAUAUACAAAGAUUUUGAUCAAGUUAGAUGGUGCUUAGGUGCACGCAACAUUUGUUUUCAAAAUAGGUUCUUGUCAACAUUCUUCUCGUUGGGUAAAGUAUUGGCUACUGAUAGAUUUGGUGCGGGACCUUUCCAGGGAUCCAUAGAUGCUUCAAUCAGGCUACUUUCACCUGAUGACACGUUAGAUUUGGAAUGGGAGCCCUACCGGGAAAGAACAAUGAAGGCUCCUGAAUUUGUGCAGUCUAUCAAGAAAGUAUCUUAUGUUUCACCGAUUGCUAGGGAUAAACCUUCUUGGCUACAUGUUUUCCCAGAGGGAUUUGUUUUGCAGUUGCAAGCGCCGCAUUCCAAUUCGAUGAGGUAUUUUAAGUGGGGUGUUGCUAGAAUGGUUUUAGAAAGUACCAAGGCCCCAAUUAUCGUUCCAAUAUUUGGUACUGGGUUUGAGAAAAUAGCACCAGAAUCUGCUGCGGAUACAGUAGUAGAAAGAUAUUUGCCAAGGAAUUUUGGAGCUGAAAUAAAAAUUACUGUGGGAGACCCAAUUGACGAUGGUAUUAUUGAAAAAUAUAGGGAAGAGUGGAGAAGACUUCUUGAAAAGUAUCAUGAUCCAAAGAAUCCCACCGAUUUAACCCCAGAGCUGCGUACUGGAAAGGAGGCUGAGGAUUUGCGGUCUCGAUUAGCUGCAGAAUUGAGGGAACAUGUCGCGAAAAUUCGACAUCAAGAAUGCAAGCUUCCUCAAGAGGAUACGAGAUUCAAGUCACCCGAGUGGUGGAGACGUUAUACUGAAACGGAAGGUGCAUCUGCGCAGGAUGUAAAGUUUAUUGGCAAGAAUUGGGCAAUACGGAGAUUACAGGCCAGCUGUAAAGACGAAGACAAAAAAAGUUGA